AUGUCUACGCCAUCUGCUGAAAUAGAAGUGAUUGAUCCAGAAAAGCAAUUUGUCAAGACAUACGUUGAAUUAAUGGAAUUAUCAAAAAAUGCGCCAUUUGAUCAAUUUUAUUCAACUCAUGAUUACAAUAAAUUAUCAUCAUUAGGUCCAAGUUUACCAAAAUUUAAGUACAAUUUUCCAACAACAUCAACAGAUCAAUCUUUUACUGAUGAAACUCCAAAAAUAGCGAAAUUCAAAUCUAUAAAACCACCUUUCAAAUUUUCAACAGAAUUGAAAGUCUCACCAAAUGAAUCUAUUUACAAAAUUAAAUCAAAUUUAAUUGAAUCGAUUGAAACCUUAAAAUCAUCAAAUAUAAAACCACGAGAUUUAAAAUUAAUGGUCAAAUCGAAAGUUGCUCAAGAUUCAGCUACAUUAUCUACAUUAAUUGGUGAUAAUCAAGAAAUAAGUUUUAAUUGUGUUAUUUCGAAUAUACCUUCUACAACAACAACUAAAGAACCAGAACCAGUAAUUCCUACUUCAAAUGACGAUCCAGAAGUUGAACAACCAUUUGCACUUUCUUCAACAGCUUGGUCCAAGAUAUAUGAAAUUAUAUUGAAAGAUAUUAAUGAUCCUGCCAAAGCUAAAGCAUUGGUUCAUAAAUUCCAGCAAGAUAUAUAA